CCACAAAACCUGCAGAGGGGGCGCCGACAUUCCUGGUUUCCAUGAGCUUGAACUGGAGGGAAGUUAGCUCAGCGAGUAUAAAAAGAAAACGAUGCCACCGGAUUCUUUAGCAGCACAACACAUUGCUCUGAAAACCCCUCCUUUUCCCGCCAUCCUAUUCCAAUCCAUUUCUCUUUCUUUGUUCUAGCUAGCAUGCGUUUCUUUGUUCUAUCAACCGUCUCAAGAUGUCUGGCUGCGGAAACUCUGGUUGCUCGUGCGGCGCUGCCUGCAAGUGCGGCAGCGGCAACAGCUGCUGCGCUAAGAGGUCCAUGGACGACUUUGAGAAUUCCGAGAUGAGAGGCUUUGAAGGAGCCAACGAAGGAUGCAAGUGCGGUGACAAAUGCUCAUGCAACUGCAAGUGAGAAAGCAGAUCAUGUACAAACUGCAGACCUGUACCGUGCGGACGAAGGCCUGAUUUCUCAGUUUGGUGUAUUGUCAUGGUCUUCUACUAUGAAUAGGACGCAAAGAGGGCCUGUUGUUGAUCAGGUUAUAUAAGAAGUGUUUGCUUUUGCGUAGAAUUUCUCGUAGAAAGGAUCAAUAAAGACAAAAAUUCAACAAGUUGUC